CUCCGGGGUCGGCACCAUGGCGGCGGCGCAGGUGUCCUCGUCGCGGAGACAGUCCUGCUACCUGUGCGACCUGCCCCGCAUGCCCUGGGCCAUGAUCUGGGACUUCUCGGAACCCGUCUGCCGCGGUUGCGUAAACUACGAGGGCGCCGACCGCAUCGAGUUCGUGAUCGAGACCGCGCGCCAGCUGAAGCGGGCGCACGGCUGCUUCCAGGACGGCCGCUCCCCCGGGCCUCCGCCGCCCGUCGGCGUCAAGACAGUGGCCCUGUCGGCUAAAGAGGCGGCAGCGGCGGCGGCGGCGGCAGCGGCGGCCGCUGCCGCCGCGCAGCAACAGCAGCAGCAACAGCAGCUCAACCACGUCGACGGGCCCGGCAAACCCGCGGUGCUGGCGGCACCGUCCGGCCUGGAGCGCUACGGCUUGAGCGCCGCCGCUGCCGCCGCCGCCGCCGCCGCCGUGGAGCAGCGCAGCCGCUUUGAGUACCCGCCGCCGCCGCCGAGCCUGGGGAGCAGCAGCCAUGCCGCGCGGCUGCCCAACGGCCUGGGGGGCCCCAAUGGCUUCCCCAAGCCGACACCGGAGGAGGGGCCCCCGGAACUGAACCGCCAGAGUCCCAACUCUUCUUCAGCAGCCGCGUCGGUGGCGGCUCGGCGCGGGACGCACGGCGGGCUAGUGACGGGGCUGCCCAACCCGGGGGGCGGCGGAGGCCCGCAGCUCACCGUGCCCCCAAGCCUGCUGCCGCAGACGCUGCUCAAUGGCCCGGCCAGCGCUGCCGUGCUGCCGCCCCCGCCGCCCCACGGCCUGAGCAGUCGUGGGCCCCCGACGCCUGCGCCCCCUGGCGCCCCCGGGGGCCCCGCUUGUCUCGGGGGCGCCACAGGCGUGUCAGUCUCAGCGUCUUCGGCGGCGUCUUCCACCUCGUCUUCGGUUGCCGAGGUGGGCGUGGGUGCCGGUGUCAAAAGGCCCGGCUCAGUAUCGAGCACCGACCAGGAGCGUGAGCUGAAGGAGAAGCAGCGUAACGCCGAGGCCCUGGCCGAGCUGAGCGAAAGCCUGCGCAACCGCGCCGAGGAGUGGGCCAGCAAGCCCAAGAUGGUUCGCGACACGCUUCUCACGCUGGCGGGCUGCACGCCCUACGAGGUGCGUUUCAAGAAGGAUCACUCGCUGCUGGGCCGAGUCUUCGCCUUUGACGCCGUCUCCAAACCUGGCAUGGACUACGAACUAAAGCUGUUCAUUGAGUAUCCCACCGGCUCGGGCAACGUGUACUCCAGCGCGUCUGGUGUGGCCAAGCAAAUGUACCAGGACUGUAUGAAGGACUUCGGACGGGGUCUCUCCUCCGGCUUCAAGUAUCUGGAGUAUGAGAAGAAGCACGGUUCCGGGGACUGGCGCCUACUUGGGGACCUGCUGCCCGAGGCCGUUCGCUUCUUCAAGGAGGGCGUGCCCGGCGCCGACAUGCUGCCUCAGCCCUACCUGGACGCCAACUGCCCCAUGCUGCCCACGGCACUGGUGAGUCUCAGCCGCGCCCCCAGCGCACCCCCGGGAACCGGGGCCCUGCCGCCCGCUGCCCCUUCGGGCCGGAGCGCAGCCGCCAGCCUGCGCAAGAGGAAAGCAUCUCCCGAGCCCCCGGACUCCGCCGAGGGCGCACUGAAGCUGGGCGAGGAGCAGCAGAGGCAGCAGUGGAUGGCGAACCAGAGCGAGGCACUAAAGCUCACCAUGUCGGCCGGGGGCUUUGCAGCGCCAGGGCAUGCGGCGGGGGGUCCGCCCCCGCCGCCCCCACCCCUGGGACCCCAUUCCAACCGGACCACCCCGCCCGAGUCAGCCCCACAGAACGGGCCGUCCCCCAUGGCCGCCCUCAUGUCGGUGGCAGACACUCUGGGCACCGCGCACUCACCCAAGGAUGGCACUUCCGUGCACUCCACCACUGCGUCCGCGAGGCGCAACAGCAGCAGCCCAGUGUCGCCGGCCUCUGUGCCCGGGCAGCGCCGCUUGGCAUCACGGAACGGGGACCUGAAUUUACAGGUGGCGCCCCCACCUCCUAGCACCCACCCGGGCAUGGACCAAGUGCACCCCCAAAACAUUCCAGAUUCUCCUAUGGCCAACAGCGGGCCGCUGUGCUGUACCAUUUGCCACGAACGUUUGGAGGACACGCAUUUCGUUCAGUGCCCAUCUGUCCCCAGCCACAAGUUCUGUUUCCCUUGCUCCAGAGAGAGUAUCAAGGCACAGGGAGCCACCGGCGAGGUGUACUGCCCCAGCGGAGAGAAAUGCCCCUUGGUUGGGUCUAAUGUACCUUGGGCUUUCAUGCAGGGCGAAAUCGCAACGAUCUUAGCUGGAGAUGUUAAAGUGAAAAAGGAGAGAGACCCUUGAACCACAAAACAGCCACCUCCUUUGCCCCAGACCAGCUCCUCUCCAAUCCAGAGAGCCCCUCCCCCGCCCACAGAGGCCCUCCCCCUCCCCUUCCCCAAGAUGUAGAGUUGUGAAUAUAACAAACUGCAAAGAGUUAGUCUUAUGUAUAGACAUUAUUUUCGUCGUAUGUUUCUAUAUUUUGGAACAAAGGUAUGUAACUUCUUCAUUUGAAGGAUAACCUGGUUUGUGUUAAGCAGUAUAAUAAUUGGUUGGGUCAUUUGCAUCAUAUUCGUUAGCAUUUACUUGGUGGCAGAGUUUGCCUAGGUACAGAAUUACUAGCCCUUAGCAACGACUGCUGCUGGUGUGUAUUUUUGUAAAUGUUAUGCACUCUCUGAAAGGAAAAAAACACAAAAGAACAUGACUUUUUUUUUUUUUUGCCAAGGCCAGUGUUGCUGCCUAAAAAAAAAAGCUAUAAAAUGGUGAAAGCUUCUUUCUAAACAGCCCCAAGUGUUGAAGUCUUCACUUUAUUUUGUUCUGUUCCAUUUUUCUGUUUUGUUUGCAAAAUGGUAAGAGGGGUGUUGGGGAGGGUGGGGGUGUUUUUUGUUGCAAGUUUGUGAGGGAAAAUGUUUCAGUUUGUUUCUACGGACCUGAAUGUGUUGGAUCUUCACGUGUUGUUUUGUUUUUGCUUUAUUGAUGCACGGAUGCUUUUGAACAGUAGAGCGAAAUGCUAGACAUGGAGAAUCUGCUCUGUUUGUCCUUUAUACAUUUCUGUAGUUAACAGAACACUGUAAUGUGCCUUGGAGCUUAGUAAAUUGUAAUAAAUCCAAUUGAUAUUAA